AUGAUAUCAGCACGCGUCUCCUCUACGAGCCUCUGGAGGAAGUCGAAAGACUUGAGUACUAUGAACCAGGGGGUUAUCACCCCGUUCAAAUCAACGAUCACUUUCACGGUCGGUACCGAGUUGUUCACAAGCUGGGGCAUGGUGAAAGUUUGCACAGCGAACACAAAUCCAACGGAAGUGGACAUUAUUUCUCGACUCACUCCCCCUCGUUGUUCUGCAGUCAAUCAUCCAGGAAAGAUGAUGAUCCCUUCGAUUCUGGAUCAAUUCACCAUCCACGGCCCCAAUGGUACCCAUACUUGCUACAUCACAGCACCAGCGAGUACUAGUCUCUCCGGGGCAAAAGAUGGCUCAUGGAUUCGCUUAUUCCAGCUCGAUGUAGCCCGGUCACUGGCCGCACAACUCGUUUUGGCUGUGGACUAUAUACACGCGCAGGGAAUUGUUCACGGAGACCUUCACCUCGGCAACAUUCUUCUCAAACUUCCUCCCAGUUUUGACCAGCUCUCACUUGACCAAUUAUAUGAGAAAUACGGAGCACCGGAGCUAGACCCAGUUGUUCGUCUAAAUGACAAUCCGCUUCCGCUUCCACCUGGUGUCCCAUCUCAUGGCAUCAUACCGAUAUGGCUGGGGAAAGCGAGUGAAAAUAUCUCACUUCCAGAGACCAGGAUCUUACUUACAGACUUUGGUGAAGCCUUUGACCCCUCUAAAGAAAGGAAAUGCGAAUCUCGCACCCCCCUUGUCAUCCGUCCUCCCGAGGCGCGGUUCGAGCCAAAUACUUUGUCUUUUCCAUCAGACAUUUGGACUCUCGCCUGUACCAUAUGGUGUAUCAUAGCCCAACGGCCACUAUUUGAAGGGUGGUUCGCGACCGAGGACGAUAUGACCUGCGAGCACGUCGAUGUUCUUGGUAUUCUACCACCGGAAUGGUGGAAGAGGUGGGAGGCGCGAGGACUCAAGUUUACGGAGGAUGGUAAGCCAAUCAACCGCAGAUAUCUCCAAUCUUGGAACGAUCGGUUUGAAGAUAGUGUGCAAGAACCUAGACAAAAGGAGGGCUUGCCGUCACUAGAUGCAAAGGAGAGUCAAGCUUUCUUCGACAUGCUACGGCCGAUGCUCUCAUUCAGACCUGAGAAUCGCCCUACUACCAAGCAAAUUCUCGAUUCGGAAUGGAUGCGGAAAUGGGCUCUGCCUGAAUAUGAGAAGAUCCGAGAUAAUGUAUGA